UAGCACUCCCAAACAGACAGCCGCACCUAUAGGAGUCUUUGCUCGAGGUCCCUGAAGAUGGUUUAAUCACUAACGCCUUCACCCCUAAAGAGCUCCCGCGGAGAGCCGUUAUGUUGACGAGGCUAUUCAGCGACCCCUCUCUCUUGCCUGACGUGCAGAAAUACGCAGGCUGGGCGGAUGACAGUGAAAGCGAAGACUCCAAGACCAAGGACGAUGAGCAAGACCACUGCCGCUUGGGCGAGGAGGACUUGGAAGACGGAGAUCUGGGGGGGGUCAGCAGUCGCGCCCACUCAGAAAUUGCCGCUGAGGACGAGGAAGACGACGACGGCGAGGAAGAGGAUGGGGAGGACGAUAUGGAAGGAGACAGACCCAAAAAGCGUGGCCCGAAGAAGCGUAAAAUGACACCGGCGCGUGUGGAACGUUCCAAGGUGCGACGUCAGAAGGCCAACGCGCGCGAGAGAACGCGCAUGCACGAUUUGAACUCGGCGCUCGAUAACCUGCGCAAAGUGGUUCCUUGUUAUUCUAAAACCCAAAAGCUCUCAAAGAUAGAGACUCUGCGUUUGGCUAAGAACUACAUAUGGGCUCUGUCUGAGAUCCUCCGCUCUGGGAAAAGACCAGACUUGGUAGCCUAUGUGCAGACUCUGUGUAAAGGCCUCUCCCAACCUACAACCAACCUUGUAGCUGGUUGUCUGCAGCUAAAUUCCCGGAACUUCUUAACUGAACAGUGCCAAGAUGGGGGCCGUUUCCACGGGCCCAAUUCCUUCUCCAUGCACCCCUAUCCGUAUCAGUGUCCGCGCCUGUCCAGCCCACAGUGUCAGUCCGGCUCUAACUCGCAUUCCUUAAGGACCCACGGGUACGGUUCAGCGUAUGACUCGCUGUACACAGGCAGUGCCUCGCCCGAAUACAACAGCCCAGAGUACGAGGGACCCCUAAGUCCGCCUGUGUGUGUCAACGGAAACUUUUCACUGAAACAGGACUCUCCGGACGCCGAGAAAAGCUAUCACUACUCUAUGCACUACUCGGCUCUACCCAGUUCCCGUCAAACCGCUGCCCACAAUCUCGUGUUCGGAUCGUCAGGAGUGCGAGGCGGUGUCCACUCUGAAAACUCUGUCCUGCCUUACCACGACAUGCACUUACACCACGACAGGCCACCGAUGUACGAAGAACUGAAUGCCUUUUUCCACAACUGAGAAACCAGCAGACCCCCCAAUAUCAUAGCCCUUUUUUGUCUCAUUGCCAAUAACGACCAACCAGCGUGUGUUCUUAUUAUAGACCAGGUCCACUGUACUGCUAUUCCCAACCCUUAUACCGUCACAGUUGCACCACUGGACACUUAACAUGACAGAUAACGACGGAGCGAGAAAUCCCACGUCAUGAGAUUAAUUCUUUCCUUUUCUUUUUUUCAUGCUAUAUUUUUUCGAUCCCAAAUAAUAACAGUGUGAAAAACUGGCAUUGUGCCCAUAUUCAAAUGAGUGGAAAAGAUAUUUAAAACAGAUUUAAAUGCUACGUUAACAAUAACAAAACAAGUAUAAAUUGUUUUAUACAUCUCUAAUAUCACUAAUUUUAAAAUGACACGUUAAAUAGCACGUUGCAUUUCAGUAGUGAUUGGAGAACCAGUGUCUAGUUCAUGAUAAAAGACGAAUUCACCAAGACAACAAAUAAAAGCAAUAAUGGAAUAUAAAUUACUGUUACAUCUAUGCAAGAUAUAUAAAAGGGUUUACGUUGCAAAUAAUCUACUUACGGACCAAGUAGGCUACACGCUAUUUCUUAAGGUAACUUUCCCCAAAACAUUCAAGGAGACAAGGAGAAUCACACAUAACAAGGUAUAUUAUUGUUUUGGAGAGGGAAAAUCCUAAUGGAUAUUCAGUGAGCGUAUUCUAUAAGUAUUAAAUGAAAAUUAGUUAACUGUAGGCUACUUCGAAAUGCGAGUACUUUCCCGCUUUUGAUGUUAAGAGUAUUCGAAGUCGUUACAGUAUUUCUUAAUAAUUGCACACAUCGCUCAGUGAUAAUUGUACUGUGGAGGCCAUACUUUAAGGCCAAAAACAAAUUUUUUAAGGCCUAUUUUCUUUUCUUUUUUUUAGUCACGCAAAUAUGUGACUGGGUGCGUUUUUUAUGUAGGCUACUUUACCAUUACCAGUGUACAUAUUUUAAUGUAAUUUAGAUUUACAUGAAAACAUUUUAUUUAUGUCAACUUAUGAUACGAAGUUCUCUAACAUAUCAACUCUCAACUGUAGCGUGGACAGGUUCGUUCGUUAUCGGCUACUAUUCAUGUGUGCAAACAUGCCAGUAUAUUUAUGCUCACUUUGUGAUGAAAUUUGAGAUGAUAGCCUACCGCCACAGACCGCUUUAUUGCUGCGUUAUUAUAGUUACAAAAUAAAACAACAUUUAAUGAGUGCUGUUGUGUUGAAGAAGUGACUAAAAUAAAAAUGUAAAUCUUUAAAACAUGGUCUAAUGAGUGUAGACGCAUCUGAAAAAAAUACAUACAAAUUAAACCGUCAAUUUAAAUACAUUUUGUCAGAGUAAAUAAACUGUGAGAUAAGUUCAUUUUGUUUUAUCACAGGAAAUGUAUCGUUUGGCAUACUAGCUGUGCGUCAUGUUUGAAUAAAGAUGGAUUUGGAUUACUUGAAACGUCUUUCAAUGUUAAUUUCUUGCAGAAAUGAAACUCGCUGGAGGAACCGAAAAAUUGUCAUUAAAUGCCCAAACUAAAGCAUUCCUGGUCCCAAAAAUAGGAUGUUAUUAUUAUUAUUAUUAUUAUUAUUAUUAUUAUUAUUAUUAUUAUUACUACUACUACUACUACUACUACUACUACUACUACAACUACUACUGCUGCUGCUACUAACAACAACUGUUAGAAUCAGUGUGUUAAACAUGCAAUUUUCAAUGGCCAUAGCGUUUUAAAACAAAAAUAGGCCUAUUACAAAGUUCACACAUGAAGCUUUUUAUUCGACAAAGAUGUCAGUUUUACUUGUAUAAGUAAAACAAUUAGACAAACAUUCCGAUAGUAAUUUCCAUGUAAAGGUUUCAUGUAGUCCGUGUUAAUCUGUAGUAGUGCUACUUCAUAUAUUUAGCAAAUAAUACGCUUAAAAAUCGUAAUCAAAUUGUCCCCUCAGUUUCUUUUAAAGCAAAUAUCCCACAUGUGACAUAUGACUGCAUUGCAUAUGCGUUGCGUACGUAAUCUUAGUUUCCAAUAAUCUUCCACCCAGAUCCGGAAACACAAACGUUCCAGUGUCAGACCACAACCAUUUCAUUUCUCCAUUUUUUCGCCUUUUCAAUUUUUGUAAUUGAAAAGUUGAAAAGUUGUCUUUAGUAAGGCCAACUGUAUUAUUAUUAUUAUUAUUAUUAUUAUUAUUAUUAUUAUUAUUAUUAUUAUUAUUAUUGACAAUCAGACCUUGCAUGCUAACUAAUGUGGAGGAAGCCGUAUUUUGUGAUACAGUAGUCCAAGUGGUUUUCAAUCAAUUAGUAAGCAAUGUCAGUUGAGGAAGAAGAAACGCCCAGACUUUGCGUUGGAAUCAGAGCAGUGAAUGGUGCCAAUGUAUGCCAAUUACUCUUACGACAGGGUAUGGUACUGAAGUCAGAAAGCAUUAUAAAAAAUACAUAGGACAAAAUAGAUUACAUGUUUGAGCACUUUGGCUUGUGCUGAAUUGAAAUGGACCAAUCGAGGGCUUCAGAACCAGGUUGAGCCGCGAAAGCACCUGCAUAGCCUACGUUUACCAGAAUUGCUGGGAAUUACCAAAGGCUGCAUCAGGGUCUUUGUGAAUUUCGAAAAAACGAGAAUAACGGUUUCGACUCAGCUAUGUGCUUCUAAUGAACAGACUUUAUGAAGAUAAAGAACAAGUGUUUUGGAACGCGUGUGCUUUUGCAAGGUUGCAGUUCGACCGUCCAACAUACCUGCACGUGCAGGUUCUUUUCCCAUUUCGUGUCUUCAGCGAGCAGCAAGUUCUCUGUACCUUUGAGCACGUGCCAGAACAUUCUUGGCUUCAAAGGUGGACUGGAAUCAAACUAACACUAGGGUCGCUAUACACGAGAGAGAAAUUAAUGGGCUUUGUAAAUAUGCUGUUUUUGGGAAAAAAGAAAGAAAUGUCCGCCAAACUCUUUGUGAUUCGGUAUUUUUAGAAAAGCUCAGAAUCACUGGGGCGACAGGUAUACUAAAUCACUACAGACAUUGUACAGGACACACGUAUGGACAUACAACGGAAUGCCUCCACCAUUUAUAGAAAGGAAAUAAAGAGGGUAACACGGCAAAUAUUUACAUCAGACAUUUAUUCCUGGAUAUUCCGCCAUGUUCACAUGGAUUGACAAUACUUUGAGUGGACACAAAUAAGCAUUGGGUUACCAUGAAGAGAAUAUUUCUUGAAAUUACUGCAUAUAAAUAUUUAUUGAUCUGAAUGUACUACAAGAUUUGUUGUGGUGCUGGGGGUAUUUAAUAUUUCAAUCAGAGUAAUACUAAAAGUCUUUAUCUGUAUUUGAUUUGAUUAAAUAGCACUUUAAACCCCCCUAUAUAUUUCACUGCCGUCAAGGACAGAGCGUAUUGGCAUAGACGAAGCCAUUUUUUCCAAGACUGAAUCAUUUCCUUUAAGUAUUUUAUGCACAGUACUGUUUACUUUUUUAAUAUUUGUCAAUUUUAUUCCCAUUGUUCGAUUUUUAAUUUCAGUAUUAUUGCAUAACGUAGGCUGUGUGUAAAUGUAUUUCUUGCUAAUUUAAAAAUACAAACGCAACCAAUCCAGCAAACAAGUCUUUAUCCCUCAAAUACUUUUUUGACAGCUCAAACUGUAAAAGAUGUUUUGGGGGGCUACAACACUUUGUAUGAAGGGAAAAUUUCCGUAAGCAUAAAUGGUGUUUCAAAGAUUUGAUUUUAAUGUUUGAGUAUUUUGUGCUCUGUGUGAUGAAUGCAAUUACUUCAAUAAAUAUCCAUAAUUUAUAUAUA